AUUUUGAACAAAAAGCUAUCAGUGCGCUGAGGACAGUCGUUCUCUUGUGAGUCCUCAUCAGCAAUGGCGGCUUCUCUGCAACUCACUGUGAAACCCUUCAAAACCCAUCAUUUCCAUUCCAAAUCUUUAUCCAAACACGCCCCUAAAUUCGCUACGAUCCGCUGCUCCGCCACCUCACCCUCAAGGCGCUACUCCAUCACUCUUCUUGCCGGCGAUGGCAUCGGCCCCGAAGUCAUCUCCGUUGCCAAGAACGCCCUCCAGCUCGCUGGCUCUCUCGAAGGGAUUGAAUUUGGCUUCAAGGAGAUGCCUGUGGGUGGGGCUGCCUUGGAUUUGACUGGAGUUCCAUUGCCGGAGGAGACCCUUUCGGCUGCAAAGAAAUCUGAUGCUGUUCUUCUUGGUGCAAUUGGAGGAUAUAAAUGGGAUAAUAAUGAAAAACAUUUAAAGCCUGAGACAGGAUUACUUCAGCUUCGGGCAGGUCUUAAGGUCUUUGCAAAUUUGAGGCCAGCUUCUGUCCUGCCACAGUUAGUAGAUGCUUCAACUUUGAAGAAAGAGGUUGCUGAAGGCGUUGACCUCAUGGUUGUGAGGGAGCUUACAGGAGGUAUUUAUUUUGGAAAACCAAGGGGUUUUGGCUCAAAUGAGAAUGGUGAGGAGAUUGGUUUCAACACUGAGGUCUAUGCUACCUAUGAGAUUGAUCGUAUUGCUCGCAUUGCAUUUGAGACUGCUCAGAAGCGGCGUGGGAAACUCUGUUCUGUUGAUAAAGCAAAUGUCUUGGAGGCAUCAAUGCUUUGGAGGAAAAGAGUAAUGGCAAUAGCAUCAGAGUACCCUGAUGUUGAACUCUCUCACAUGUAUGUUGACAACGCUGCAAUGCAGCUCGUUCGUAAUCCAAAACAGUUUGACACAAUUGUGACAAACAAUAUAUUUGGCGAUAUUUUAUCUGAUGAGGCUUCAAUGAUUACGGGGAGUAUUGGGAUGCUUCCAUCUGCUAGUCUUGGCGAAGCGGGGCCUGGACUAUUCGAACCCAUACAUGGGUCUGCACCUGAUAUUGCUGGACAGGAUAAAGCAAACCCUUUAGCAACUGUGCUCAGUGCUGCUAUGCUUCUGAAGUAUGGCUUGGGGGAAGAGAAGGCUGCCCAGAGAAUUGAGACCGCAGUCUUGGAUACUCUGAAUAGGGGGUUUCGUACUGGUGACAUAUACUCCGAAUCGGAAGGAAAUAAAUUGGUUGGAUGCAAAGAGAUGGGCAAAGAGCUGGUGAAGUCCAUUGAUCCUGUUGUCGUAUGAAUUAAAGAAAGAUGAGCCCUAAAGUUAUGGGUUCAUAAAAUCCAACAGUGUUUGUGUACUCCAAGAGGAUUUUGAGAACCAGAUAUUUUUGGUGCUCAGUUGGAAACCGUCACUUGGAUUUCAUUCUUGAAAAUUUCUCAGAAGUCUAGUCCUUCUCAGUUUCUCCUCAAUCCGUCCUCCUAGUCGUCUGCUAAUUUUUUGGACUCAGCAUUUCUAACAGUUGUAUCUUAGUUACUAGGCUUUAGAUUUAUGCUGGCAAUCGAGCUGUUGUAACAUGAAAAUGAUGAUGCAAUAAUGAUUCAGAUUUUUAACAUGGAAUUUGGACAUGAUUUGCUUUUGUAAAUUUUAGCAGUUCUGUUUUGCACAGAAACCAAUUACAAAAUCGAACACAACCUUCUCACUGUGAGACUCACAAAAAGGUAAGCUCCAACUCAUGUCGGUGGGAGGGUUGUCUUGUCCUGA